AUGAACACUUGCAAAGAUCGCGCUAGCAUUUCGACAUGUGUUAUUUUAGUCUGCCGUUGCGUAAUGUCUGGACCGGGAGAGCGUUUCCACGUUUUGGCACAACUGGACCAUCUGCAUUCUAAAUACACAGGGACAGGGCAUGCCGAUACAACUCGUUACGAGUGGAUGACGAAUCAGCUGCGAGACACACGAGCUUCUCAGAUGAGCCAUCCUGGUAUGACGUCGUUUAUCGCCAUUGUUGAAAAUGAGUCUCGCGCCAGAACGCGGUACAACCUUUUGAAUCGUAUGAUACUUCCAUGUGGUCCACCACCAGAAAAGUCUCCUCUGGAUGAUUGA